UCAUUAGGAAAACAUCACCUUCCCACAAUUCAUCGUAUCCCAGUGGGUAUAUUUACUGCUCAGCUUGACAUGCUGGUUUCAGUUUACAACUUAUAACAAGUCACAGCACAACUAAGAGACAACAGCAACGAAAGAGAUAAAAUUUAACCAUGGAUUCCGCACUUCAAGUCUUGUGCAUGGUUUUGAUAUUGGCUUCUUGUUGUGGAGGUAAUAGACACACGAGAAAACAAAGAUAUUUGUUCGUAUCGUACGGACAUUCAGUUCAAAUCAACUGUUCUUUGAGAAAAUCUGAGGUCAAUGUGACGUUGUUUGUGAAACGAUUUAGCACACCAUACACCAAAGUUGCUAUUGACAACGUGAAAUGGAGACAAAGUGGAGGCCUCUUCACCAUGUCAGCGACACGACCAUUGGACGGUGGCGAAUAUAUGUGUAAAGCAAUAAAUGGAACUGGGCAUGAGAGAAUUACCAAAGAAAUAACAAUCAUCCCGAUUGUUGCACCCACGAACGAUAAAUUCAAGGUAGAGGUGAAGCCACCAAGCCUGUCGUUACAAUAUGAAGAUUUUGCGAACAUAAGUUGCAGUGCAUUGGGAAAGAGGAAACUCAGAUGGUACAAACUUGGUCCUGGUAACCAGGUAACUCCAGUGGGUGGAGACCAACUGAUUAAUGACGAUCACUAUGAUACGGAUGGUGGAUCCCGGAUAUACCAUAGCAGGCUUAUUUUGUCAAUCAAAGACGCUACCAACAAGAAUGCCGGAAAAUACAAAUGUGUUGCAAGGUCAAACAAUCAAAGGCUUGAGGAAUUUGUGGUGGUCAGCGUAAGAGCCCCCAAAAAACCAAGUAUCCGUAAUUUUCCACAAACGGUAAUAGCGAGUGAAGGCAUUUCCAUCACGCUAAAGUGCAAAACUAAAGGAAGUCCACGACCUAAAAUCACGUGGUACAAAGACGACGAGCUACUUGGUAUUUGUGAAGGUGGGAAUUCACGCAAAUGUCGAUCGUUCACAAGAAUGAACACUGAAUUUAAGAAGAAUUCUAUAACUCUGCAUCAAUUAUCAAGCAGGAGAAAUAGUGGGAAAUACACUUGUGAGGUUGAGAAUUUUAUGGGAAAAUUUAGUUCGUCAGCAAGGAUGAUUGUGUUCAGCAAACCUGUUUUAGCCAAGCGUUCUGACACAAACUUCUACAAAGUCGUACCCAUCCAAUACACCCGAAGUCCACCAGCCGUACUGCGAUGUCCUUUAACCGGGGGGCAUCCACAGCCGAAAAUAACCUGGGAAUUCCAAUCUUCCAACUGUUUGAAGAAUACAUUUGCAUGCAGACCAAGUGGGGACUGGAAAAGAUUUGAUAAUGGCGGAGAAAGAGAGAAUGAAUUUAUCGUUGCGCCGCCAUUUGGGCCUGGGUUCUAUCGAUGUUUAGCAACAAACAUUUUGGGUAACGACUAUCAAAUAUUUGCCGUACGAAAGUUGUCUAAUGGGUCUUCCAGGCGCAGGUUUCGAUAGAUUUGUUUACCAGGGCUGCGUCACAAGAGCAUUAUAUAUAUAUUAAGUUACAUAAUUUUGCCAUAUACAUUCAUCAUAUAAAGUAUAUAUCGCACUAUCAUUGACCACUCAGUUUAAAGUCAGCUACAAUAAUAUAAUGGUGGAAUAAAGACUGAAUGUUGGUGUGAUAAAUAGCAAAUACGGCACUGUUUGCCUAAUAUAGAGGCGAUAUACAGCUGAUUCAACCUGAAACAAAAGCAAAGGGUCGAAUAAUAGAAAGAAAACGGUUGGUGAAAGACUUACUGGGAGUCACAAUUAAGUAUAAUUGGGAAAUGGGAAACGUUUCCUUUCUGGAAUUCUGAUUCAUUAUUGCACAUUGUGGUUGUCCUUCAAAAAUCUUAAACCUUAGACAUUGGGUAAGACCAAGAUUAGAUGACGAACUUUUCGUGUGUCGAACCUAAUGUUAAUGAGCUAUAAUAAAGUCUUUGUUUGAGUUUAUUUGCAUUCGAUUCGGCACAUGAAAAGUUAAAACGGGCCAAAGCACUCGAAGAGUAAUGAUCAGUCUAUUCAGCCGCUACAGUAAAAAUGAACUAUUUAUAUUAAAGUUUGGAACGGGUAAUUCUAUAAGGUUUUCAGUUCACGAGAUAUGCCAAUUGAAAUUUCCUCAGAUAUAUGAUUCCAGAUAGGAAGUCAUCUCAUCAUUCUUUGCUUGCGCAAUGUUUUAUGGUUUAAUCUUCUUGAAAGGAACUCUUUGUAAACGGAAUCGUGAAGAUCAAAGUUGUAUUUUUGUAAAUAUUGGCUGUAAUACUAACAGGCAUGGGACUGGUUAGAGUUUUAUUAAUAUAUAUUUGAAGUUCUGAAGUACAAAUUCCAAGUAUAAUUUGAUAUACUAUAAUAUAUAUAAUAAUGAUUGUCCGCAUGUGAGAAAAUGGUGCAGUUAUGUUUAAAGAUCAGUUUGAUAAAUGAUUCUUUUUGCUAAAAAGCACAAUAUAAUUAAUCAUAUAUUAUAGAUAAUGAUAGUGCGUAUGGAACAAAAAGAAUGACAGGACACUUACGUUGAAUGGUGUGUCUGUUUAGAGAGCUUCUGUUUUAACUUAUAUUCUGCCAAAUACGUCUUUGUUUCCUUUAUUUUUAUAUGCCCAUUAAAGACGAAUAAAAGAG